AUGCUAGGCCAGCCGUUCGUCUGCCCGGCUUGCCUGAUCGAUGUAGUGCGUGCGGAAGUAGCUCUCGACAGUCUCACUCUUGGCUCCAGUGAUGACGCCGCAAUGGACAGCACGGGGCUAGCCGAAGAGGACAGGAUACAACACUUCGCCAACAAGUACGUCGCCGCAAUGCUGAAGAAGGGUUAUCGCGCAUGUAAGGCAGUGCUCAAGAUUGAUGAACCUCGCAUGCAGUUCUUCGAUCAAUUCAUGCGACAGGACGGGUUCGGAAGCGUGGAGGAUGAGCCUGCAGACGGAAUGAUUACGAAGCCACGGAAGCGUCCUGGUGCGGGUGGUGGCCGUAGACAGCCUGCCAAGCUGCAUGCAAUACAUCGAAAGAAGCCUGGGACGUGGGAUUAUCGUGAUCCGACUGGAAGCGAACCAGUUUUGGCAAAAGUUGCGCGCGAAGAUCCAGGCGAUUACAAUAACGAGGAUAUGGAAGGCGGUAAGGGGAUGACAGACGAUGCUGUGGAGGUGGCGCAUUCGGGACAAUCCGCUGGUGCAUGUGUCGAUCUCGUUCCGCAGUCAGAAGCAGCCGAGGCUGUACUAAAGGCGAUGGAAGCAUUUGCUAGGCUUUCCACGUGGUGA